AUGCCACCGCCAACCCUGACCCCCCUGAGAUCCAUCCACAAUGUCCCACCAGAGCCAGCACCAACACCAACACCACCCCCAAAACACCAACACAUCUCCUCCCCCCUUCGCUCUCCCCCCCUAACCCACCCCCACAUCCACCUCGACAAAGCCUUCAUCCACAACACGACCACAUACUCCCACCUCCUCCCACAAACCGGCACCUUCGCCGAGGCACUCACCACCACCAGCACCGCAAAACGCCACUUCACCCCCGCCGACCUCCUUCGGCGCGGCACCUGGCUGCUCGCCGGCUCCGUCUCCGCGGGGGUGACCGCCAUGCGCGCCUUCGUGGAAAUCGACCAGACCGUGAACCUCACCUGCCUGGACGCCGGGAUCACGCUAAAAGAGACAUGGAAAGACGCAUGCACGGUGCAGCUGGUUGCGUUUGCGCAGGACGCGAUAUUCUCGGGGCCGGAUGGCGGCGACGCGAAUAGACGGUUGAUGGAGGAGGCGGUGCGGAGGCCGCAGGUCGAUGUUCUUGGAACGACGCCGUACGUGGAGGAUAGUCUGGAGGCUGCGGAGAGGAAUGUUGAGUGGGCGGUGGAGAUGGCGUUGGAAUGCGGGAUGCAUUUGGAUUUUCACCUUGAUUAUCAUUUGGAUGGCGGGAGGGAGGCGAUGGUGUGGUUUGUUUUGAGGACGUUGAGGGACAGGGGCUGGACGAGGAGAUCCGGGGGGAAGAGGGUCGUGCUGGGACAUUGUACAAGGUUGACGAUGUUUGGGGAGGAGGAGUGGGGUCGUUUGGCGAGAGAGGUUCGUGAGGGGGAGCUUCCCGUGAGUUUUGUUGGGUUGCCGACGAGUGAUCUGUAUAUGGCGGCGUCGCUGGACGGCGAUCGGCCGAGGGGGACGCUGCGGGUUUUGGAGAUGAUCGAGAAGUAUGGCUUGGAUGCGGUGAUGGGGGUUAAUAAUGUUGGGAAUUCGUUCACGCCGUGGGGCUCGGAGGACCCGUUGGCGCUGGCUUGUCUGGGCGUGGGCAUCUAUCAGGCGGGGACACAGGCGGAUGCAGAGUUGCUGUAUGAGUGUGUGUCCACCCGUGCUCGCGCGGCUAUAGGGUUAUCGCCACCUGGGACUGGGACUGGCAAUGGCCUCGCCCUGAAAGAGGGAGAUCGUGCAGAUAUCCUGCUGUUCUAUGAUGUGGAUGAUACCGGCUGUGGGGUGUCGAGACCGCGACAUGGCGUGGCGGGCAUUGUCUGGGACCCGCCGUCGAGGUUAGGCAGAGACGUUGUCGCAGGGGGUCGUUUGAAGGGAUCUUCGUCUUCCCUGUGUCCGAGAUCUGCAUAUAGUUUCGUAUAG